AAAGUUCCUCUAGCGGAGCAAACGAAAAAAAGUUUGCUAGCUCAUGACAGCCAACUCAUGGCAUGCUAGACCAGGCAGCGUGCCAGGAAGCACAAACAUUCAUCAUCAAGUCCUAAAAGUUGCCAACUCCCUUCAGUGUGGCGGUGUUGAACUAUAUAAAUUGUGUGUGACUGCAAAGGCAAUAUAUAAAAAGGGCAUUGAUCCAAGUUCAAUCGGUGCUUGGUUGUGAAUUGGUAAAGACUACACCAUUGGUACCCGUGCAGGUUCUUGUUUUGGUUUGGGUGGUAGUGCGGGGUAUCGCGGGUAUCAAAUUCACUAAACAGCAGCAAGGCCGUGUCGUUGUCUAUCAUUUGGAAGUAACAGAUAUAAUGAUCGGGUGUGCUCCUUGUCAGAAGGUUGAAUACAGUGAGAGUAAGCAAGACGCGCCAUCAACCGUCAGUAUAUCGUAGUGAAAUAUCGAGCAUAAAUUUCAGUGCUUGCGGAAUCUAUAUUGCAUCAAUUUUGUGGCCAUUUUGUGCCCUGGUCGUAUAUGGGUCUAGCAAAUAGUGUUUGUGCUGCGAACCUCCCUCAACUCCACGAGGCUAGUCGGUGGCAGUAAAAUCGCUGCUUAGUCGGGGCUCCGUGCACAAACCAACCUAGCAUACAUACAUUCACUGCCAUCCAACUUUCCCUGAGCGUGGAGACAAUCGAUCCCGGAUUGCGGUAUUCGUCAUAAAAGUAGGAAAAUGUCUACCAGUCGUUAUUUAAACUGGUCGCGACCGUCACCUGGUAGACAUCCGCUCCGAAAGCAGAUGUCCUGCUUUGAAUCGUUCUCCGGUGGAAAGAGUCUUUCGGUUAGUAAUCUCACCUCGUCAGCAGAAAAAAGUGUUGAUUUUGCCACCUUCGUAACGGCAGCAAUUAUUCACACGAACCGUUUUCAAAAUUGUCCCGCCUACCAACAGCAGAAUCUCUCGCGCCGCGGUAGUGCAACUUUCGGAAUCGUCGACGAUAGCGGACCGCCGUCGGACAAAGUGAACCGUCGACCGGCCAGUGCCCACACCACCACCUCCUCGUCGUCCGGUUCGUCCAGAUCGAGUUCGUCAUCUGCGAUGGCCAGGAGAUCCCACGAAGGUCGAAAAGUUUUUGCUAAGCAGCUGUCGCUGGACAGCCCAAUGCUGAGUGGCGGUACUGGUCCCGCAGCGGGUCACGCAUGGACUACUGAUUCACCGUCCAGCCGGACUUCGACCCUCAGUGGUGGUGGAUCAUCGACAACGCCGAGUGGUACACAAAAGCAACAGGGCGAGCGGCAGCAGAACCACAACGGUUCCACGUCCGGCAUCAAAAAGCGACCAUCAGGAGUGGGCGUGAAAGAUGACCCGGCUGACGAGCGCAACAAGAAAGCUCUCUUGCAGGACAAGGAUGCCCGAAUAAACAUCAAGAUUUUUCUUGGCCAAACUAUUCAGCAGGAUUCUUCCGACAAUGGUGUUAGCGAUACGGAGUGUUCCGUGCUGCAGGGUAACGAUACCAAUCGCCGUCAGCCAAAGCAAAACCACCCGCCAGCGGCGGCGUCUCAGCCACCGCAAAGCAAUCAACCGAAGACGACCGAAACGGAAUUUUCGCAUUCGUCGGAAGUUGUUGAGAGUAAAGCACCUAAGGCCGCACCACCGUCAUCUGCUGGUGGUUCUUCGACUGCGUCCAGCAGCGGUCGUAGCUCUUCGCUAGCUCAACGUCGUGCCCAGUUUCACGCUAGCCGUCAGCACUCGGAAGCUAACGCUGAUCGACGCCCGCCCCUGGUGCGGGCUAUGUCAGCACCGAACCGACCAAUUGAAGAAAAUCCUAAGUUCCUACAAAACAAGAAAAAACCUCGUAAAAAGAAAGUGUCACGCGAACGUGACGAAAUAAACGAGUGCGAUGAAGACGACUUUGACGAGGCCGAAUCCGUCAAAAUUAAUACAGCCAACAACAGGAAUUCGAUGCUCGGUCCACGGUCUCGUUCCGUCAUAGGAGGCGCAGCGUGUGACAUCGAAACCCUCGUAUCUUUGCUCAGUUCCGGUGGCAGUGAUUCCGAGAAGGAAGAUUCCACUCCGAACGACGGUGCUGCACCAGUCCACCAUAACAUCGUCACCGGAUCGUCAUUCAAGGCACGUGCACCAAUGCUCAAAAAGGCGGGAAAGUCGGUUUCUUUCCAGGAAACCGAGUUGAAGCAAUCCGCUGGUCUCAACCGGGACUAUUACACGGCUGCCCACCGUAAACCACCAUCGUUGCAGCCGAUUGCGAACCGAAUAAGAAGAAGUCAGCAAUUGGCCAGCUCAUUUAAUGCAUUUCAUUUGCGUGAUACCAAAAAGAGUUCGAGUGAAGAGAGUAAAACGGAUGAUGACAGAGCGGCACGUUCCGAUGAUGAAGAACCUAACGAAGCAACCGACAUAGAAUCAUUCCCAUCUGCACCACCAACAGCCCAAUCGAAUUCAACGACGGCAACCGCCAGUGAAACGCAAGACACAGGAGAUGGACAAACGCCCAAGGAGCGUGAGUGCUACCGACUGUACCAAAAAAUGUCCAACAUGGGACUUGCGGUUUCGUACGAUACGAUCCUACGCGGGAUGUUAACUCCGACAGAGCUUCGAGUGCUUCAAAAGCAAAGAUCAAAGCUGCAAAAGCAGCAAGAAUCUAGACAGAGCAGCAGCGAGGCCGAAACAAAUGACACCAGCAAGAGCGACGAACCGCUGCCUCAGAUGGCCGGCUCAGUUUGUCUGACGGAAGAGAUUGAAGUAACCAACGAACCAGUUGUCAUUGCUAGCGAGCUACAGCAAAUCGUAGGCCAAUGAAGACGCUCACGCUUUCUAGGUUUAGUUAAUGAACAGUCAUUUGAAUUCCAUUCAUAGGCACACAAUAAGUUGAUUUCGUUUAUCCGAUACACUGUGAUAGAAGGGAAGACCAGUACCAGGAGAUAGUUUUAUUAUGCUACAAGCAGAGAAAAACCUACGUAGAAAUUUUGAAAUGCACCUAUUACUAUAGUGCACAAAUGAUAAAAGUUAGAGUUUAAUACUGUUGGGAAAUGGAUAAGAGAUUGGAUUAUAGAAUGUCGUUAUAGCGAACUAGUAGACGUUUGUAAGCUCAGAUGUAUUUUUGCACUAUUAAUGAAAUAAUUAUGUUAUUAAUUUGUUAGUAUUAAAGAUCAUUUGCUGGGGAGAAUAAAGCAGCACACAUUCGAUAUUUGCGCUUCUGUUUUGCUAUGUUUACAAAUUACCAUGCGAUCCCAUAAAUUUACGUUUAGUGCUUGCGCCUUGUAUGUUUUAUAGAGCUGCUGAGAAAUAGUGAUAAUAUUACCUAUUUCCCGCGGAUUAUGCCGUAUAACGAACAUUAUUUUUUUCGUUCUCCCAUCCCAAGGCGUUCUUUCACAUUAAAAUCGAGCAACGUUGAGUUACAAGAAAGCAUUUCGACUUUAAAAUAGUUUAAUAGGAUGCCUGAAAAGUAAAUCUGCGCUAACCUACGUUACCUACAGGCUACCAAUGCAAUUACUUCCUUACCAGCACGCUAGCAAAGGUGGUAAAGGAACUGUGUUACACGGUUUAUUGUUAAUUUUUGUCGAUAGUCAUAUAAAUAGCAUCCGGACAAAGGCGUUUCCCUAAAGCGCUCUAACUAGAACGUGCCGUAACUAACUGAACUCAUAUAACCUAACGGAAAACCAAGUAUACACGAAACGUCGCUGCGAAACGACUAGCUUAGUUACGGGGAGAAAACAACUGAAAAAAAAAUGCAAAAGUCUCGUACAAAUAGUCUACAAAAUAACGUAUAUUGU